UAAUCAACAAAGCACAAACAGAAUUACUCCUCAACUUAGAAUGAAUUUUGAUCCUUCUAUAUUCACGUUCCAAAGUCGAGAAUCUUCUUCUUACUCAUAUGAUAAUACCUGGGAAGAGUUGUUUUUGUUAGACAAGCUUCCCUCCAAAUCAUCCUCCUCCUCCUCCAUUGAAGAAAUUAAAUUACAUGAGAUCACCUCCAAUGUUUUCUAUAGCGGCCACGUCGAAGAAAAAUAUUCAUCACCACCGCUGCCACUAGCACCAAGCCGAGGGAAGAGUCCUUAUAGAGGAGUAAGGACAAGGCCAUGGGGAAGGUACGCCGCGGAGAUAAGGGACACCACAAGAAACGGGGUUCGGGUGUGGAUAGGAACAUUUGACACGGCUGAGGCGGCCGCUUUGGCUUAUGACCAAGCAGCUUUCUUAACGCGGGGCUUUAGGGCUACCCUCAACUUCUCAGAGCAAGUAGUGAGGGAGUCCCUCCAAGAGAUAGGGUUUAAGACCUUGAAUAAUUGUCGCUCACCCUUGUUGGAACUCAAAAGGAUGCAUGCCUUGAGAAGUACUACAAAAUCUAAGAGUAGUAGAAAGGUAAAGAAAGCUUGCAGCAACGGGGUGUUAAUAGACAUGACUCAAAGUGUGCUGGUAUUGGAGGAUUUGGGUCCUGAAUAUCUUGACCAACUUUUGAGCUCCACUUCCCUAGGGCAAUUAAGUGAUUAACAGAAGGAUGACACUAUUCAGAAAGAAAAAGAAAAACACAACCAUGUCUUUAUUCAUUUAAUUUAACUAAAUCAUUGCUUGAUUUUAUUC